AUGAGUUCUUCCAAGGCCUUACAAGCUGGAUCUUCUUUCUCGCUUUGUUCCUCUUCUUCUUCUUCCAUCCGUCCAUGGACUCAUGAUGUAUUCUUGAGUUUUAGAGGUGAUGAUGUUCGCCAAAAAUUUAUUUCUCAUCUAUACGCUGCUUUGCAUAAAAGGGGAAUCAACACUUACAUAGACAACAAUCUCGAAAAAGGAGAGGAAAUUUCACCAGAACUUCUCAAAGCAAUUGAUGGAUCAAUGAUUUUUAUCGUUGUACUUUCUAAGAACUAUUCUGAUUCCAGUUGGUGUUUAGAUGAGUUAUUGAAGAUCCUUGAGUGUAAGGAAACGGUAGAACAAAUUGUUUUACCCCUAUUUUACGAUGUAGAUCCAUCAGAUGUACGACAUCAAAAUGAGAGUUUUGGAGAAGCAUUCACUAGAGUUGAAUACAAGUUCAAGGCUGACAAAGUAAAGCUUACAGAGUGGAAGGCAGCUUUAGAAAAAGUAGCCAAUUUUUCUGGAUUCGAAUUAGGGAAAGGAAUGAAUCAAAGUUUAUUCAGGAUAUCAUUAAAUGGGUGGACUCAAAAGAGGUAA